AUGCGACGCGAGCUUCUGCCGCCGGAUAUCAUCAGCUUCAAUGCCACCAUCAGGAGUUUGCAGAAGAGCACACAAUGGCAGCGCAUUCUAGGGCUUCUGGAAGAGAUGUCGCAGGCCAAAGUCACGCCAGACGUGAUCAGCUGCACAAGUGCCAUAAGUGCAUGCGAGAAGGGCAGACAGUGGGAGCGCGGAAUCAUGCUCUUCCAUGGAAUGCCAGACAGAGGAACCCAUCCCAACACCUUCAGCUACAACACGGCACUGAGCUCUUGCAAGCGAGGUGCACAGUGGCCACUAGCAUUGCACCUCUUCAACAACAUGCAUGCUGCUACCAUCCAGCGUGACAUCAUCACCUACAACACCACCAUCAGCGCUUUCGAAACAGGCGAGCAAUGGCAGCUUGCUUUGCAGCUCUUUACCGGAAUGGUCAAAGAUGAUGUCGGCCCCAACGCCAACAGCUACUAUCUGACAAUCACAUCUUGUGAGAACGGUAGCCACUGGCAGGUGGCUUUACAGCUCUUCCAUGACAUGCCACAGGCUGCUGUAACUCCCGACGUCUUGACUUACAACUCGAUCAUCAGUUCUUGUAGGGGUGACAGACAGUGGCAGCUUGCUUUGAUGCUAUUCAGCUCCAUGCCACAGGCAAAGGUCAAAGCAGAUGCCAUCUCCCACAAUGCCAUUAUCACCUGCUCGGAGAGAUCCCGAAUGUGGCAACUUGCGCUGCGGCUGUUUGAUGAGAUGCCCUUGGCAAAGAUCCUACCUAACAUCAUAAGCUACAAUGCAGCGAUUGCCCUUUGCAGCAGAGCUGAGCAGCAAUCUCUGGCGAUGCAGCUCUUUGCUUCAGUGUCUUCAGCACGGCUUCAGCCGGACGUUACCUCAACGCAUGGUUUAGGGAAGGGCAGUGAGUGGCAGCUCGCGAUGCUCUUCUUCAACAAUCUGGCGACAGCUAAGUUGAAAGCAGAUGCUAUCAGCUUUGCUGCGGUUGGCAGUGCUUGUGAGAAGGGCUUGCAGUGGCAGUUGGCAUUGCAUCUGUUCCAUGAGAUGCCAUCUGCACGGAUUUCGGUUGAUAGUAUCGCAUGCAACUCUACGAUCACGGCUUUCCAUGGCAGUGACGAGUGGGAGAUGGCAUUGAAUAUGUUUCGGUCUAUGCAGGAUUUCAGCACAGCCAGGGACAGCAUCAGCUACGGUACGACGAUGACUGCUUGUAAGAACAGCGACCAAUGGGAGCUUGCCCUGCAACUCUUUCAUGAAAUGCCUCGCGUAUCGCUUGUUCCCGACAUCCCAGCAUAUGUAGCAGCAUUGAGCUCCAGCGGGAAGGGCGCACAGUGGCAGCUGGCAUUGGCUGUUUCAAGGCGCAUGGCGGCGCAAUGCGUUCCAAUGAAUCUGCAAACAUGGAAUGCAUUGAUUACUGCCUGCAGGGCUGAGUGGCAUCUAGCACUGCAACUUCUUGGGGAGAUGCAACGAGAUUUGGUCACUCCAGAUAUAUUCACUUGGAACAUACAUUUGACUGUUAUGGAACAAUAUGGAGACUGGCAAAGUUCCUUACAGAUUCUCAGUGAGAUGUCUGUGAGUGAGAUCCUCCCAAACGUCCGAUCCUAUAACAGUAGCUUGCUCUCUGCUGCACAAGCAGGACACUGGGAAAUUGCCUUGGUCUUGUUCGAUGCUAUGGAAUCUGCGUCUGUUUCGCCCGACAUUGUCAGCUACAUGGCGGGCAUGAGAUCCUGCGAAGAUUCCAAGCAGUGGCAAUGGGCGUUGCAUCACUUCUCAAACAUUCAACGUUCCCAGAUCUCUCCUGAUGUGCCUGCCUACAAGGGUAUGUACCAUUGCUUCUGGAAGGCAGGCUGCUGGCAGCAAUCUCUAAAGGUUUUCACGACGAUGGUAGAAGCAGAGGUUCAGGGCGACCGGCUGUGCUAUCACGCCCUCUUUUGCCAAAUCGAAAACCCGGACAUCGCCUACGAAGUCUUUAAGGAUGCAGAGGCUGGAGGCUUAUACCCACUACUCUUCCGCGACUGGGAAAAGGAUGGCCUUUAUUGGAUCUGCACGACCUCACAAUUCACACAGCUUAUCAGGCCGUACGGUACUGGCUCUCGGAGGUGUUGGUGCCCCACAUGCCGUCAUCUUCGAGGAUCAGGGUCUAUAUCAUCACUGGCUGGGGCAGUUCUCUCCCGGAGCAAGCGAUUCCUCGCUCGGUGA